AUUGAGACCACGCUGAUGCUGAAUGAAGACAAGCCCUUGGAUGAUUACUCUGCGGUGCUGCAGCGUCUGCGGAAGAUCUACCACUCAUCCAUCAAGCCCCUGGAGCAGUCAUACAAGUACAAUGAACUCCGGCAGCAUGAGAUCACAGAUGGGGAGAUUACUUCCAAGCCAAUGGUGCUGUUCCUGGGGCCAUGGAGUGUCGGCAAGUCUACCAUGAUCAACUACCUCCUCGGGCUGGAGAACACGCGCUACCAGCUGUACACAGGUGCUGAGCCCACCACAUCCGAGUUCACGGUCCUCAUGCAUGGGCCCAAACUGAAAACCAUCGAGGGCAUUGUCAUGGCUGCGGACAGCGCCCGUUCCUUCUCCCCCCUUGAGAAGUUUGGUCAGAAUUUCUUGGAGAAGCUGAUUGGCAUCGAGGUUCCCCACAAGCUACUGGAACGGGUCACUUUUGUGGACACCCCAGGAAUCAUUGAGAACCGCAAGCAGCAGGAAAGAGGUUACCCCUUCAAUGAUGUGUGCCAGUGGUUCAUUGACAGAGCCGACCUCAUCUUUGUCGUCUUUGACCCUACCAAACUGGAUGUGGGCCUGGAGCUGGAGACGCUCUUCCGCCAGCUAAAGGGCCGUGAGUCCCAGAUUCGCAUCAUCCUGAACAAGGCCGACAACCUGGCCACUCAGAUGCUCAUGCGGGUCUAUGGGGCCCUCUUCUGGAGCCUGGCGCCACUCAUCAAUGUUACCGAGCCACCCCGGGUGUACGUCAGCUCCUUCUGGCCUAAGGACUACCGGGCUGACACCCACCGGGAGCUCUUUCUGCAGGAAGAGAUCUCUCUGCUGGAGGACCUGAACCAGGUGAUUGAGAACAGGCUAGAGAACAAGAUUGCUUUCAUCCGCCAGCACGCCAUCCGCGUGCGUAUCCAUGCCCUGCUAGUUGACCGCUACCUGCAGACCUACAAGGACAAGAUGACCUUCUUUAGUGAUGGGGAGCUGGUCUUCAAGGACAUCGUGGAGGACCCUGACAAGUUCUACAUCUUCAAGACCAUCCUGGCCAAGACCAACGUCAGCAAGUUUGAUCUCCCCAACCGUGAGGCCUACAAGGACUUCUUCGGCGUCAACCCCAUCUCCAGCUUCAAGCUUCUUUCCCAGCAGUGCUCCUACAUGGGGGGUUGCUUCUUGGAGAAGAUUGAGCGGGCCAUCACCCAGGAGCUCCCUGGCCUCCUGGGGAGCCUUGGGCUUGGCAAGAACCCUGGGAACCCCAAUUGUGACAAGACAGGCUGCACGGAGACACCCAAGAAUCGCUAUAAGAAACAUUAG